CUGCUUACAAUAAAGCAGAGUUCUGGUUUCUAGGGGUUAAUUGUAUGCAGAUGCAUCAUGGGAAUUCGCAUAUAUUUCAAUAAAAUAUAUUGAGGAAUACCUCGAAGCAACUGAUUCAUUUGCACGUGAGGCUCGAUUGGUUUUGCCUAUUUCCGGUUCUUACGACAACAACGCAGUGCACAUGGGGCACCGCAGCUAGUGACAGAUAGCGUUUUUAGCAUCCUUGUGAAGUGUAUUAUACAUUAUAUUAUUAUUAGUGACAACAUUAGAAGUUAUUAUGGGUAAGAAAAAGGCGGGAGGAUGCGGACUGGGCCGAGCUCUGAUGAAGGAGAGACUCCAGGCAGGCCGAGGAAACAAGAGGGGCGACUCCUGGCUCCACACCAGUGAGCUGAAUGAUGGCUAUGACUGGGGACGGCUGAACCUGCAGUCAGUGACAGAACAAAGCUCCAUGGAUGACUUUUUGGCCACUGCCGAACUGGCAGGAACAGAAUUUGUUGCAGAGAAACUCAACAUCAGGUUUGUGCCAGCAGAAGCUAGAGCAGGCUUACUAACAGCUGAGGAGAAAACCAGGCUGAAGAAGCUGCAUGAAGACAACAAGCAUUUCCUCAGAAUCCCUCGGCGCCCUCACUGGGAUGAAAGCACAAGCCCAGAUGCUCUUCAGCAAGCGGAGAAAGACAGCUUCUUGCUCUGGAGACGAGAGCUUGCACAGCUAGAAGAGGAACAGAAGUUAAUUCUCACCCCGUUUGAGAGAAACCUGGAGUUUUGGAGACAACUGUGGAGAGUGAUCGAGAGGAGUGACGUCGUCGUUCAAAUUGUAGAUGCCAGAAAUCCUCUGCUGUUUAGAUGUCCUGACCUGGAGGCGUAUGUAAAGGAAGUGUCAGAGCAUAAGGUGAACAUGCUGCUGGUGAAUAAGGCAGACCUGCUGUCCAGAGAGCAGAGGCGAGCCUGGGCCAGACACUUCCAGAAAGAGGGGCUGAGGGCAGUUUUCUGGUCGGCCCUGGCUGAGAGCGACAGACUGGACGCGGAAGAAAAGGGGAUGCAGGUGGAGGAUCCAGAGUGUGAUGAGAGUGACCCCGAGGAAGAACAGCCAAACAAUGAAGACUUGACCCAAGAAGGGGCAGCUGGAGAGAUGGAAAAGAAGAUGAUGGAAGAGGAGGAAGAGGAUGAAGAGGGAGAAGAGAGUGAUACAGAGGAAGAGCAACGGGAAAAGAUAAGUGUAGAAGAGGAGGACUGGUUCACCUGCUCAGAAGAUGAAGCAGAGGAAGAGGCUCUAGGUUCAUCCAGUAAAUCCUCCUUCCACAACUCCAGCCGUCUGCUGCAUAAAGAUGAGCUGCUGGACAUGUUUAAGUCUGUCCACAGCGGGCCCAGGUGUAAAGACGGACAACUGACAGUUGGACUAGUCGGGUAUCCUAAUGUGGGAAAGAGUUCCACCAUCAACACUAUCUUCAGAAACAAGAAGGUGUCUGUUUCAGCCACUCCUGGACACACGAAGCACUUUCAGACUCUGUAUGUGGAGCCAGGCCUGUGCCUCUGUGACUGCCCUGGUCUGGUCAUGCCUUCCUUUGUAUCCACCAAAGCUGAGAUGAUCUGCUCCGGGAUCCUGCCCAUUGACCAGAUGAGAGAUCACGUACCUGCAGUCUCCCUUGUAUGUCAGCUGAUCCCUCGGCAUGUGUUAGAGGGCACGUAUGGUGUCAACAUCAUCCGACCACGAGAAGAUGAAGACCCCGACAGGCCCCCCACUUCUGAGGAGCUGCUUAUGGCUUAUGGAUACAUGAGGGGCUUUAUGACAUCACAUGGCCAGCCUGACGAGUCCAGAUCAGCCCGGUACAUCCUGAAAGAUUAUGUCUGUGGAAAGCUUCUGUACUGCCAUCCUCCUCCACACAUUCACGCUGACGACUUCCAGCCGCAGCACAGCAAGUUCCUGAAAAGAGACGCAGACUGCUGCGACCUCUCCACAACAACACACAAACAACAGAAAAUCAAGAGAAUUGAAAAUGUGGUCGACAAGAACUUCUUCCAUCAGGAGAAUGUGCGGGCGCUCACCAAGGGGGUUCAGUCUUUCAUGGGCUACAAGCCAGGCAGCGGACCUGUUGGCCCAGGAAAAGCUGGAUCAGAGACAGUGGUGGGGAAACCCUGGAAAAAACAUGGCAACAGGAACAAGAAAGAGAAAGUACGCCGUCUUACCAAGCAUCUGGAUGCCUGAUGAUGAUCUGAAAUCAACGCACGUUUAAUUUCAGGUCAUUUCAGCAGGAGUAGAAGAACCCUGGACUACAGCUCAUCCAUGAUUCCAAAGGAAUUAAUGCUGAGUAGUGUCUGUAGAUGGAUGAAAGCUCCUAAAUCCUGUGUGAAUGGAAAGGUCAGGCUAUCUCGAUAUUAAUAAAUGAGGUGCAUAAUCUGUCAUCUACAGCUCUGGUUAGAAAAUCAUAUUGGUGCAAAGCAUUCCAUCAACUGGAUCACCAGUUGUACACCAGAUCCAAACAUGUUUGGAAAUGGACCUAACAUCCACAGGGUUUGAAUUUUAUAUGACAUUGAACAGGACAGUUUGUAUUUUAAGGAAUUUUAAAGACACAUCAUCUGAAUAAACAAUUAAUUACUGUAUGUUUGAUAAUGACUUUAACCGUACAUACACGUGAUUAAUGUAACUAAGAUGGAAUAUAAAAACAGUUGAAUAUUU